AUUCAUUAGUCUUGGCCGAUUCGUUGUGGUGAACACAUCGCAUGGUUUAAAUGUUAAGCUAAUAUUCAUGCUGUUUUGUGCCAAUUCCGCUUUCUUUAGCAAACGUUCCUAUUUUUUUACACAUAUACACAGUUUAUUUGUAUUUCCUCUUGUAGUUUGUUAACCAAUUUAACCGUGAGCAUAGUUGUAUUUGAAUAUUAUAUUUCAUCAAAAAUACAUUUAGUCGAACUAAUUGUUUUAAUCAAAACAAAGGCGAAGUUACAAUUCACAUUAUUAAAAUUGGCUUCAUAACUUGCACACGCAUAUUUAUAGUUUUGCCGAAUGAACAGUUCCAAUCAAACAUAAUAGGUCGUUUCUAUUUAAAGAAAGCGAUUUACGCAAACAUUAAACACGCAAUUGCUUUAUUUAGAUGAUAUGCAUCCGCAAAUUAUCAUUCUGGCAUUAUGCGUGGGUUUGUUGGGAAAGACUGCUGCGGAUAAUGACUGCUCAGCUAAAUGGAUAUGCAAUCGUGACGAUAAAUGCGUGCGAAUACAUAAAGAUCCACAAAACCUGCACACAUAUAAUUCACAAAGUGUGUGCCGGCUUGUUUGCGGACGCUACGGAGCUUUGUGGCCGCGACCGACUGGACAUACAUUGAUCGGACAAACACUGUUUUCGUUCAAUCCACGUGAUUUGAAAUUUAAUAUUUCCGAGGCGUCAGUUGGCACAGUGAAUUAUUUACAAGCAAUAAGCAAUAUAUUUAUUACAAAAGUCUUCAACGAAUGCGGUGAUGAUUGCAAUGAGGCAAGAUCAGAAAAACAUGUUUUGGUGCGAUUAUUGGUACACUCAAAUGAGACUGAAAUCAAUUGGAGCACUGAUGAAAGUUAUCGUCUUGAUGUGAUUACGUCUGGUGAUCAAGUAACUGUUCGAAUCAGUGGUUCCACCAUAUUUGGUGUGCGACACGGCUUAGAAACGCUUGGACAGUUGAUGACGGCGGACAUAUGUGACGUCGGUUUGUUGCUGGUCAAAUCAGCACGCAUUGAAGAUCGUCCAUUUUAUCGACAUAGAGGACUGUUAUUAGACACAUCGCGCAAUUAUAUUCCAGUAAAGGACAUAAAACGUACACUAGACGGUAUGGCGGCUUCGAAAUUUAAUGUGUGGCACUGGCACAUUACCGAUUCGCAUAGCUUUCCAUUGGAGAUUCCAUCUAUUCCUCAGUUUACAAUUUUUGGGGCAUAUGGACCGAAUCUGACGUAUCCUCCAAAUGUUGUGAGUGAUAUCAUAGCAUAUGCAAAACUGCGAGGUAUUCGUGUCAUUAUCGAAAUUGAUGCUCCAUCGCAUGCGGGAAAUGGCUGGAAUUGGGGUCACAAAUUUGGAUUGGGAGAUUUAGCCGUGUGCGUCAAUAAACAACCGUGGAGGAGCUUCUGUAUUCAGCCGCCGUGCGGACAGUUGAAUCCAGUUAAUAGUUUCCUUUUCGGUGUGGUCCGUGAUGUUUAUCGUCAUGUGCAAUCGUUACUGCCCCAUAGUGAAACAAUGCACAUGGGAGGGGAUGAAGUGCACUUUGGCUGUUGGAAUUCAACGCAAGAAAUUGUCGAUUAUAUGCAACAGCAUGGGUUAGGAAGAGAUAGUAAAGAUUUUCUACAGUUGUGGGCUGAAUUUCAUCAAGCUUCUCUGCGCAUUUGGGACGAAGAAAGGGGCCAAGACGAGAAUAGUCGUCGUGAUCCACCCGUGGUACCAAGCAAAGUGAUAAUUUUUUCAAGUCAUUUAACCGAUGCGGGUCACAUUGAGAAAUACUUACAGAAAGACAGAUACAUUGUUCAAACAUGGGUAGAAUCUUCUGAUGAGCAACCAACUAAAUUGUUAGAUCUCGGAUAUGAACUGAUAAUGUCUACUAAGAAUGCCUGGUACUUUGAUCAUGGAUUUUGGGGGCAAACCAGGUAUUAUACAUGGAAAACAGCAUACGAUAAUCGAUUGCCGCAGCACCCGGGUGUUUUGGGUGGAGAAGCUUGUGUAUGGACUGAGUUAAUUGAUGAGAAUAAUUUAGAUUCGAGAAUUUGGCCUCGUGCUGCCGCUGUUGCAGAGCGUCUGUGGGCUAAUCCCGAUACUCCCUCACAACAGUCAACCGAAAGACUGUUUCGCCAUAACACCAGACUCCAACGCUUGGGCAUCCAACCUGAACCAAUUGCUCCUAAAUAUUGUAUUUUGAACGAAGGACAAUGUACAUAAUUUAUUUUUAAAAAAAUCUAACAGAAGAAAUGUAAUAUUUUUCGUAGAAUAAAUGAAAUUCGCUUCAAGUUUUAUA